AAAACAGCCCACUGGCACUUGCAUCACAGCGAACUUUGUCGAAAGACCGUGCCUCGUCCAUCCCCACCCCACCAAAUUACGCACUUCGAUCCAUUGUUCACCUAACCGGGACUUGAGCUCUCAACUCUACGCCAAGCUUCGAAAUCGAGACAACUCUCACCCUAACGACGACGACUCGAUCGGUUCUUCUGUCGAUACACACACAUCAGAUACACAAUGCUUAGCUCAACAGCAACGACGAUGCUCCGCGCGGGCGUCAGCCGGUCCUCCGGCGCCCUCCAGCCCAUGCUCCUCCGCAGUACCGCCUGCCCUUGCUCGCCCUUCUCCAUGAACACCAAGCUUCCACAACCAACCUCUGUGCGCCCUCUCUCAACGUCACCUUCUGCCCUCGUCCUCCGUUUCCGCGCCCAACAACAAGCCCAGCAGGCCCAGCAGCAGCUUCGUAGGGCUUCUUCUUCUUCUUCUUCCUCCUCCUCCAGCACUCGCCCGCGCUCCGAUGCCGAGCUCGACGCCAACGCUGCCGAAGCCGCCGCCGCGGCGCAAUCAGCCGCCCAUGCCGGGGAGCCCGUGCUGGACUGGAACACCUUCUUCAAGCUGCGCAAGACCAGGCGGAGGGUGCAGCUGGCCUUUAGUGUGAUCAUGACGCUGAUCACGUCGGGGGCCGGAGGCGCGGUUCUGAGCACGGGUGUGGCCGACGCCAUGGUAGCGCAGGUGCCGCUCGAGCCCAUGUUUGCAGUCGGUCUGAUGACGGCCAGCUUCGGUGCGCUGGGGUGGCUGAUGGGGCCUGCCAUGGGCGGCAUGGUGUUCAACGCGCUGAAGAGCAAGUACAGAGGUCAGAUGGAGAUCAAGGAGGGCCAGUUCUUUGCGAGGAUCAAGAAGCACCGUGUUGAUCCUAGCGCUAGCUCUAUGGGUAACCCUGUUCCCGAUUUCUACGGCGAGAAGAUCUCCAGCGUUGCUGGCUACAGACAAUGGCUCAAGGACCAGAGGGCCUUCAACAAGAAGCGCACUACCUUUGUUUGAGCGUAUCGAUCGGGUAGUAGUAAAUUUGCGUUGUGCUUAACACCUGGGAAGCAGCCAGGGAUGAAGAGCAAUGACAUGAUGACUUGAUGUCGGGUCGCGUGGGAUGUACGAGGAUAGAUACCGCAGGGGCAUUCGUCGGGGACAUGACGACUGGCUAUGUAUAAGUCACUCAAGAACCAUUUUCUUCCGUGCUUAGUCUCCCCCGACUGACAUGGAGAUUUUGUGUUCAAUAUGUAUAUGUAAAUAUAU